AUGCUGCUCUCAUACAGGUCGCGGGCCCUCCCGGGGCUGUGGCAAGCUCAGUCAAGGCUUGCUUUGCGAUCUGGCUGGAUCUGCUCCGGCUGUCGAGCAACUCCGGCUGCCGUGCAACGCUGGAGCAGUUCUCAGAGCUCGGCGGGGUCCUCAAGCGAGAAGCCGUAUUAUAUAACUACGCCAAUCUUUUAUGUCAAUGCUGCUCCUCAUAUUGGUCAUUUAUAUUCCAUGGUCCUGGCAGAUGUCAUCAAGCGCUGGCAGCAGAUCAAAGGCAAAGAAGCGUUUUUAUGUACCGGAACGGAUGAGCAUGGAAUGAAGAUCCAGAGAGCUGCGCUUAAGCAUGGAAUGGAGCCAAAGGAGUUUUGCGAUGGCAACUCAAAUAAAUUUCGAGAAUUAGUGGCGGCUGCCAACAUCUCAAAUGACUUCUUCAUCCGGACAACUGACCAGGAACACAAGGAUGCGGUGGCACAGUUCUGGCUGCACUUGAAGCAUUCUACUCCUGAGAGCUUGGGGCUAUAUAAAGGCUCUCAUGAAGGUUGGUACUGUGUCAGUGAUGAGUGCUUCUAUCCUGAAGACUUGGUGCGACCCAGUAUUGCGCCUCAGACUGGAAAGAAGAUUAUGGUUAGCACUGAAACGGACAACGAGGUGGAAUGGAUCAAGGAAGAGACCUGGUUCUUUCCACUAACGAAAUACAAAGAUGCCUUGUUGAAGCUUUAUGAUGAGAAUCCCGGCUGGAUCAAGCCUGCUCAUCGAAUGGCCGAAGCGAGAGAGUGGAUUGAGAAUCAUCUUGAAGAUCUAUCGGUUACGAGGCCGGCUUCUAGGCUCAAUUGGGGCGUAUCCGAUCCCGAGGAUAAGACCCAGACUAUUUAUGUUUGGGUGGACGCCCUUAUCAACUACAUUACCAAAGCCGGAUACGGAAGCAAGUGGCACACGGCAAAAGAUGACAUGGGAAUAUGGCCAGCCAACUUGCAGGUUAUUGGAAAAGACAUUCUACGCUUCCACACAAUUUAUUGGCCAGCUUUGCUCAUGGCUCUUGGACUGCCCGUCGCAAAGGGCUACCUUUGUCACAACCACUGGACCAUGUCCAACCGCAAGAUGUCCAAGUCACUGGGCAACGUUGUGAACCCGUUCUUUGCCAUUCAGCGAUGGGGCAUCGAUCCUCUGCGAUAUUUCCUCAUGCGCAACGCAACUUUCCACAAGGACAUGAGCUAUUCUAAUCAGCUGAUUGGCACUGUCUACAUGAAAGAACUGCAAGCGAAUAUCGGCAAUCUUUUCUAUAGAAUCGCAAAGCCAAAAUCAUCUGUGAGAUGGUCGACUCUGGAGGCGGUGACAGCUUUUCGCAAUGGAGAAUUGAACGCUUGGGCUGAAAAACAUGACAAAGAUUAUUUCGAUGCAGUAUUCUUUAGCCUGGAAAGCCACUUGUCCGAAAGUCCUGAAGCUUUCUGUAAGGAAAUGGACGACUAUGACACGAGUGCCGCGAUCCGAGUAGUUUUUGAGCUUCUGAGAGAGACCAACCGCUACGUCUCAGAUACCAAACCUUGGGAUCUAGUCAAGAAUCAGGAUCCAGAAUCUCGCGUCCUGCUAAACUGGGUGAUCUUUAACAGCGCGGAAGCACUGCGCAUUGCUGGCAUCUUACUUCAGCCAAUCAUGCCGACAAAAGCAUCAGAGUUGCUGGACGCUCUUGGAGUCCGACCUGAUAGGCGUACCCUUGAGUUUGCUGCCAAAGGCAAGGACGCCGACUAUGGCACUGAGUCUAAGCCCGUAGAGCCAGCGCCUCGUAUGAGCAAAUGGGAUACGAUAUUCCCUCCAACUGCUAGUGCAGAUCUUUCGGAUGAUGAGCUGUUAGAGCACUUGAGGGUUGCGUUGCUGGAUAAAACCCGAAAUAAGAUGAACCAAAUGGCUGAGCUGCUGGUCAUGGAGGCGCGCAUGGGAGAGGAGGCCGUCGCUAAGCUAUUGGCCGAGACACAUGCUGCCAAAGUUGGCGCAUAA